AUGAGCUGUAUUCUUCACAGCAACAGAGCUCAGUUAAAUGCAGCAGCAAAAACAGCAGACUUGGGAGANGAAGGCUGCAUCACCCAGAUGUAUUUUUUCCUACUUUUUGGCACGUUGGAUGUCUUUCUCCUGACCGUGAUGGCCUAUGACCGCUUUGUGGCCAUCUGUCACCCCCUGCACUACACUGUCAUCAUGCACCCCCAGCUCUGUGGACUGCUGGUUCUGGUGUCUUGGAUCGUGUGUGUCCUGAUUUCCUUGUCACAUAAAUUAAUGGUGCUGAGGCUGUCCUUCUAUACAGACUUAGAAAUCCCCCAUUUUUUCUGUGAACUCAAUCAAAUGAUCCAACUUGCCUGUUCUGACACCUUUCUUAAUAACGUGGUGAUGUAUUUUGCAGCUGUGCUCGUGGGUGGUGGUUCCCUGGCUGGUAUCCUUUACUCUUAUUCCAAGAUAGUGUCCUCCGUACGUGCAAUGUCGUCAUCUCAGGGGAAGUAUAAAGCAUUUUCUACCUGUGCGUCUCACCUCUCAGUUGUCUCCUUAUUUUAUUGUACUAUAUUAGGAGUGUACCUCAGCUCUGCUGUGACCCACAGCUCACAGGCAAGUGGAAUAGCUUCGGUGAUGUACACUGUGGUCACACCCAUGCUCAACCCCUUCAUCUAUAGUCUCAGAAAUAAAGACAUAAAGGGAGCUGUGAAAAGAUUAUUUGGGGCG